CAGAGGGACACUGGACGUCAAGACUCACUCGAAUAUCAACCUCCCUUUCAGCAUCCUCCAGAGCUCAGACACGGUCUCCCCUCCCUCAAACCCCAACUGGCAGAAAACGUCCCACCCCCACCCCCCGAGACAACAUGCCUUCCACCUUCGCCAAGGCCGAGAUCUACAAGGCCCUGGCCUCCGUCAGCGCCAGCCAGCGCGUGCUCGACGUGCUGACGGAGCUGCACGGCGAGGCGCUGGACGAGCCGCCCUUUGUGAGCACCGACAUACCCGACGACGCGAGCCCGGCGGCGGUGCAGGACGCGCGGCAGGCGCGCACGCGCGGGCUGUACGUGGCGCUGGACCCGGAGAAGUGCGCGCUCGCGUACCUGCUGCUGCGCGCGUCGGGCGCCCGCACCGUCGUCGAGGCCGGCACCGGCUUCGGCCUCUCCACCAUCUACCUCGCCCUCGCCGUCGGCCAGAACGCCGCCGCCGCCGGCGUCGCCCGCCCCGGCCCCGCCGCGAGGGUCAUCGCCACCGAGCUGGAGCCGGCAAAGGCCGCGCGCGCGCGCGAGAACUGGGACCGCGCCGGCGUCGAGGACGUCUCGCGCUGGAUCGAGCUGCGAAAGGGCGACCUGCGGCACACGCUGAAGGAGAACAUGCCGUCCCAGGUGGACUGUCUCCUACUCGACAUCUGGACACCGCUGGCACUCCCAACCCUCAGGCUGGUCAAGCCGUAUCUCAAGAAGGGAGCUAUAGUGCUUGCCGACAAUUUCGAGGCCGCAAAGGAGGGUUACAGGGAGCUCCUGGAAUACGUGAGCCGGCCGAACAGUGGAUUCAAGGGUACCAUCCUGCCGUAUGCCGGUGGAUUGCAGAUGCUUGUGUAUGUAGGCUUAGACUGAAAGGCCCUCCUCCCGUGGGCCGUACGGAUUGAUGUGUCGAUCAAGAUACCACCAUCCAUCAUGCUUCAUCACCCUUCACCUCCUUUUCCUUUGCGACCGAAACCGUCUCCUCCGCGUCGAGGACCCUGCGCUUCUCCUCCCUGUGCGUCAGAUACGACAAGCCGACGGUCCAGACGACCAGCGCGAUGGAGGUGGCGAUCAUGGCCCACAUGCCCCUCUGCAAGCGAACCUGAAUUAGCACGCGAACUCGACCGAGAGAAGGAGAAAGAAAAAAACUCAAAAAAAAACUCACAAUGAACCAAGGCGCCAUGGAAGCGCCGUAAAACACAAUGCUCCACCACGAAUUGACGGCGCUGCUGCACAGGUUCAUGCCGGCGAGCACGACGCCGCGGAAAACGGGGUCCUCGUGGCGCAUGGCGUCGUUGCACCAGGCGAAGAAGGUGGCCUGGCAGGCGUAGACGGCGCCGGCCCAGUAGUAGGCGGCGAAGACGACCGACGUGGACGCGGCGCUGGCCGGGUCGCGGGACGCGGCCAGGACCAUGGCGGACGUGGCGACGCCGACAACGCCGAUAAAGUAGGCGACGAGGUACCGCUUGCCACCCAGCAGGUCCGUCAGGGUGGCCCAGAAGAGGGUCGAGACGAUGCCGACGGCCGGCACGCCCGUCGGGUAGUUGUUGAGCUGCGCGACCGUGUACGACCCGGCCGGGUGGCUCUUCAU